UUGGAGCAGGGGAGCCCAGCUGUCUCGUCGCCCAAGAUGGAUGUAUUCAUGAAGGGGUUCUCCAUGGCCAAGGAGGGGGUGGUGGCCGCCGCAGAGAAGACCAAAGCUGGCAUGGAGGAGGCAGCAGCCAAGACCAAGGAAGGGGUGAUGUAUGUAGGCAGUAAGACAAAGGAGGGAGUUGUGUCAUCAGUAAACACAGUGGCCAACAGGACCGUGGAUCAGGCCAACAUCGUUGGAGACACAGCGGUUGCCGGGGCCAAUGAAGUGUCACAGGCAGGCGUGGAGGGGGUCGAGAACGUCGCCGCGUCAACCGGGCUGAUCAACCAGGAGGAGCCUGUAUACGAGGGAGAAUAUGGGGGAAUGGAGCAAGGUGGGGAAGGAGGAGAGGGGUAUUAGUCGUCUUCAGGACCUUCCCUCCCGUGCUCUCCGGCGGCCCCUCGCUCCCCUCGCCUCGCUGUACCAGACUCCAGAUGUUCAACAUAUUUUUUGUGACUUUACAGAACCAAAAUCAACUAAAACAGACUCUUCCGGAUGCCGCACCUCAGCCCCUGUCUCCCCCUCUGCCUCGUCACUCCGUGAUGCCUCUCCCCCAGCAGCCCUCUGCCACCUGUCCUCACCCACCUGUCCUCACCCCGUCUCCGCCCCUCUGAUUUUCUGCAGCCUGUAGCUUUCCCUCCACCGCCCGUCUUACCCUCGCCUCACCUGUGUGUUAGUGUCGUCCUGAUAUGAACCCUGGUGUUGUUACAGCCCCCUAGGCCUACCAACCGUUAGGGAAACCUCACUCACAAACACACACCUACAAAUAAACAAAAAGAGACGCACUUUCAUCCCACACAUGCAUGAAACACGCGUAUACAGUACAUACCGCAAAAUUCCAGCACAGACGCACACACUGGGCAAACGUGUUGACUCUUGCAGUCUACAACAAUAACUCACUGAGUGACCGAGGCAGGGUAUGAGAGGGUGUGUGAUCUGCUGUUUGUGUGCCUGUGUGUUCAUGUUAGCUUCUAUACGUGUGUGUGCAUGUGUAGCUGCUGGCGUAAAAAAUAAAUCUCCAGAGGCUUGUGCAGGGAAUCGUGUAUUGAGGACAGAUAUGAUUCUGUUUUGUGUGCAGUAGUUAGUUAGUUAGCUACAGUAGACUGCAUGAACAGAUGUGUAGAAUGACUUGUCUCGUGUUGUAACUAUAGAGUAGCAGCUGUUCUGUGUAGCUUCGUAUGGCUUUGUGUGUGUUUGGCCUCGACAUUUAGAAACAGGGUUAUUAACCAGGAAGCAAUACACAAUGCUAAUUUUUCUCAGCUGUUAGAGCGGAAACUUUGUGUUCAUGUGAUGCAUGAGAGGACAAGAGCAGUUGUUCCACAAGUUAUAUAGUUUUCAAAUGUUCAAAGAAUUUAUCUAUAACGUUCAAUAUUUGUGGCUAAAUAAGCAAAAUUAAAGUGAGGAGACAACCAGAUUUUGAUUCUCAAACUCUGAUUGGUUCGUGGGAAUCCCUGACAUCUCCUUUUUCAUCAGUGUUGCUCCGACUUUGACAGAAAAUAAUGUGUUCACGUAUGCAGGACCAAAUCAUUUAUAGUACUUAUUAUAAACUUGGCUGAAUUUGAUUUUUUUUUUUUUUCAAAUUUAAAGCUACUGAAGGGGAAAUUCAAAGGGAAAACUGGGUUAAAGGGGUUAAAAAUGGGACUUAAUCAAAGGAGGAUAUAAGAGCAGCUGAUACUGAUCACCUCUUGUUGUCGUGUAGUUGCUUUUUAGUCUUUGUGAAACUGGUUUGCAUGCCAUCAGGAGAAACAAGCAGUGUGGACAUUAGUCUGUUAGUUAUUGCAAUUUCUGUGAUGAAAAACAUUUAUUCAGUGAGGGAAUCAGCCCGCUAAGAGAGCAGAAUGAAGGUUUUGUUUUUAAUCAUGGUUCAGCUUUAUAUGUAGUUCUGUGUACAGCUUGAAUUCGGGGAUGUGUAGUUGUUUUGAGGGUAGUUUUUUUUUUUAUUUCACACUAACUAGUCUGAACCCUGGCUGUUCUGAAGAUCCCACCCAUCAACCGUCUCAGCCAAUCAGAGGAUUCCCUUCUCCUCUCCAUCAGUGUGAUGCCACCUUUCACUGCUCGUCUGCCCGGCAUCGGUGUGUGUGUCUGUAUGCACUGUAUGUGUGUAUACACGUGUAUGUAUGUAUGUGUGUGUGUGUGUGUGUGUGUUAACAUAGAACCAGUUCAGCCAGCAAAGUGUGUGUGUGUUUGUGUUGGAGGAGGUUUGUGUAUUUUUACUUUGAGGUCAAUGGAAACUGAUGACUGCAUGUUGCCUUAUCAAGCAAUCUGACAUUCACACACGUACACUACACACUACACCACACCCGUACCAACGCACACUUACACAACACACUCUAAACAACACACAAUCACAGAUCCCACCUCAAAUACACAAACACAAAUCACACACCAUGUUUAAGUUGGCAUCAAAGCAGACUCGCUGAUUUUAUAAACAGUACCAGUGAAAUUAAAAAGGUUUUGUUGAAAUCCA